AUGGAACUCGAGACCAGCCAAUCCUUCAACAGAUAUGUUUUGCCCAAACAGCCGAUAGCUGUCACAGCACAACAAGUCACCGGUAUAUCUCUUUCGUGCAAUGAAAUGACAGUCAAUGGGCAUAUUGUUGAACCAUCUAGUGUCACAACAGCACUGAAUGACUUUUGUACAUGGCUGGAAAAGUUUAACAAUGUAAUUCUUGUUGCACAUAAUGGGCGCAGGUUUGACUUUCCAGUUAUUAUAAGUGCCAUCAACAACGUACAAUUGCAGGAAAGGUUCUUCAAAUGUGUGUCAGGUUGCACCGAUUCUUUAUCAGUAUUUCGAAAGCAGUAUCCGGGAAGAUCUUCGUACAAGCAAAUAGAUCUGGUUCACGAUAUUUUAGGUGCAACCUAUGGAGCCCAUGAUGCUACUGAAGAUGUACGAGCUCUCGGACAUCUUCUGAAACACUCCGCGUCACACCAAACAGUGCUACCUUUCAGUUUUUCACCAGAAGCUGUGUAUAAAAAUCAGAUAUACAACAGAGAGAAAUCAAAGAAUUUUCCAUCUCUAAGUGUUCUUGUUUCAAGUGGUAUAUGUAAGCUUAACAUUGCUGAAAACAUUGCUGGAUCAGGGCUCAAUCUUGAGCAUCUUAGGACAAUUUUCAGUCGUGAAGGGGAAGACGGGUUGACUAACAUUUUUAUUUCUAAGAAUAGUGAUGGCCAACCUCGUGUCACAAACACUAAGAGAGUAUUAGAGUCCGUCAUUCCUAAACUGGUAGAAUUGUUUAGCAAAAACAGUUGA